AGAAUGCGCACUUUAGCUCUCACACACCGGUAUAGAUCAUAACGCCUGCAGCACAUCUUGUGUUUAGGAUGCCUUGUUAGUGGUAGGCUUUUCCCACUAAGAGGAUGCUUGCUCAGGUAUGAUCAAGUCGUUUUCGCAAGUCUCCGUUCCGAACAGAUAUUGCCGGUUUAUUCGGAGAUGUGUGUCGUCUUGCGCAUGCAAUAACAGAGUCAUGGCAGCUUUCAAGGGUGUUUGGACUCAGGAAUUCUGGCGAGCGGUUUCUGGGGAGUUCCUGGCCAUGUUAAUAUUUGUGCUGCUCAGUCUGGGUUCCACCAUCAAAUGGGCGGCAAAAGAGGAGAACCCUCCACCCCCUGACCUCGUCCUCAUCGCUCUCUGCUUUGGCUUGUCCAUCGCAACCCUGGUACAGUGUUUUGGGCACAUCAGCGGGGCCCAUAUCAACCCGGCUGUUACCGCGGCAAUGGUUGCCACACGAAAGCUGAGCCUGGCAAAGGGUGUGUUUUAUUUGUUGGCACAGUGCCUCGGGGCGGUGGUGGGGGCAGCAGUCUUGUACGGGGUGACCCCAGCUGCAGUCAGAGGAGGACUGGGGGUGACUUCUGUCAAUGCUGGAAUCUCCGCUGGUCAUGCAAUUGUGAUUGAACUCAUAAUCACUUUUGAGCUCGUCUUCACCGUCUUUGCCACCUGUGACCCAAAACGCAGUGAUCUCAAAGGUUCGGCAUCGUUGGCUAUUGGCUUGUCAGUGUGCAUCGGCCAUCUGUUCGCUAUCCCAUACACUGGGGCUAGUAUGAAUCCAGCUCGCUCUUUUGGACCUGCAGUCAUCAUGGGAAAGUGGAGCGACCAUUGGCAUGCUACACACAGUGUCCUUUCAAAGGGUUGGUGUGAGUUUCGUCAAUGGAAGAUUUCAGAGAGUCUGAUUGAAAGGAGGGAUGGGAUGUUUAAGAGGCUGACAUGAAUAAAUCAGAGGCGAGGCCUCAUUAGGUGACACUGAUGGUAUUGAUCUGCCCAGAUAUACAGCUGGUCCACCCAAUGAGCGCUGCUGGAUUUUAAUAAACAGAUCUGCUCUGCGCUACGCAUUGCAUCGCUCCAAAUUAUAUUUAUGCCGUCGUGCCACUUGUGUGUGUUUUGUCACAUUCUGGAUUUGACAUUUAUUUUACACUAAUAACUAACCUGGGCUGUGUUUCCCCAAAAAUCACAAGUUUAAGUUGAUCGUAGAGACCAUUGGCCCCAUUGUUUCUACGAUCUACUUAGGUUUACGAGGCUUUUGGGAAAUGCAGCCCUGGUCUCAUAGAAUCACAUUACUAUAGCUGCAUUUUUGCUAAAUGAUUUUUACUUGGCUUGUUGUACAUAUUGUGGCAGUUUCAUGGUGAAAUGAACAAUAGAGGCACUACAACAACAAUUACUUUCACACAAAUCACUAGUAAAAGGACAGAUUAUCAUAAACACUUUUCAUUCUUUUCCUCACACAAUGAUUUCUUAUGAUAUCUAAAUUAUAUCAGAUGCACUCAAAUUGCGCGGAUACUCAACUGAUAGAGUGUUGCUCUUGUGAUUCACAGGACCAGGGUAUGAGUCCUGGAGAGCACAGGAUUUGACAUGUGAUAGGAAAAUGCCAUAGGAGCAAAACAAAAUGAUGUAGUUGCUUUGGCAAGUGUGCUUUUCAUUUCACCUUUCACUAUCUGUUAAGUUUAGGUUUAAAGUUUUGGGAGGUAGGUUUUGUUGAUUAAAAACUCAAUAGAGCAUUACCCUUAAAGGGAUAGUUCACGCAAAAAUGAAACUUUUCUCAUGAUUUACUCACUCUCAUGCCAUCUUCUGAAUAUUUCAUCUCUGUAGGUCCAUACAAUGCAAGUGAAUGGGUGCCAACAUUUUGAAGCUCUAAAAUACACAUAAAGGCUUCAUAAAAAUUAUCAAUAAGACUCCAGUGGUAAUAUCCAUGUGUUCAGACAUUAUAUGAUAGGUGUGGAUGAUAAUGUUUGUCAUAAAUUCUCAUCCCUACCCAGUGGGGUGCGUUAUGCACAAAGAAAGUGAAUCACCAAAAACAGAUGGUGAAAGUGAAGGAAAAAGGACCCACCCACACCUAUCAUAUUGCUUCAGAGAACAUGGAUUUAACCACCAGAAUCUUCUGGAGUACUUUUAUGUUGUCAUUAUGUGUAUUUUGGAGCUUCAAACAUUUGGCACCCAUUCACUUGCAUUGUAUGGACCAAAAGAGCUGAGAUAUUCUUCUAAAAAUCUUUGGUUUUGUUCAUCAGAUGAAUAAAAAAAAAGGUCAUACACAUCUGGGAUGGAAUGUGGGAUUUGGUUGAACUAACAUUUUAGUUUUUUAUCUCACAUUUGCUUUUUCUGACACUAUCAAUUAGGUUUAGGGUAGGGAGGUAGGUUUUGCUCAUUUAAAACUAAAUUAACCUCAAAAUCUUUGUCUGUUUGGGAGAAUAUUUAAUGCUUUCAGCACCACACAGUGGACAUUUUACCUAGAAACUGCCAUGAUAUGUAUACUAUAACAGAUAAUAUUUUGCUAAAAUGUUGCCACAGUCACGUAGCAUGCCAAUGGCGUAGUCAGGCAGGAUAUAACAGUGUGACACAGUAGUUGGAUCAUUGUACUAGCUAAUCAUUUAUAACAGUAAAUUUAGAUUUAAAGGUAAGUUUUUCAUUACAUUUCACUGGCUUUUUGUUGUCCCAGUGGUGAUUAACCUUUUACUGACACCUAUCAAUGUGGGUGCAUGAAGUUUAAUAGCAGCUGGCACUUUCAUGAUAGAGCUGUUUGCUUUUUUUUCUCCAUCCAUCUAUAAAAUUGACAUUUUUGAAUUUAAUCUCAAUGGAUUUUGCACAUUCAGAGAUCUCUUGGAGAUUUCUUCUAGUGAGAAAUUGUGAGUGAGAUUUUUCUGCACUUUUAUACAUAGAGACUGUGUUGUUUUUAUACUACUAGUUGCUUCCUAAUUUGUAUAUUCCUGUCAUUAAAAAUUGAGAUCUUAUAUCUGCUUUUUAUAAAUAAAUGUGACCAAUAUGAUGGAGAACAAAAGAAAUAGCAACCACCUCCUCUUUCUCUUUCUCAU